GGGGUUGUGACCUAUUCAAGAGGCUAUCACGAUACCUUGUCUCUGUACUACCUGGAAGAGAUGAAUCCAUCCCUGGACUCCACUCCCUGGCUCCCAGAUCUCUUGCGUCUUUACAACAUCCGCUUCGUCGCUACGUCUGGGAUCGAAGUUCCUGGACAUUUCUUGCGUCACUGUGAGCUGAGGUACCUGGCCACGAUGGGUGCGAUGGAGGUAUUCGUAAGAGAUUCCCAAGAGGAUUAUGGAUAUUUUGACUUUACACAUGUUCUGGGCGUUGUUUCAGGAGACCUGAAAGGCAUGCGAUGGGCUGUGUUAAAAACCACUCAGCUUUUUACCAAUAGGAUACUAUUUGCCAUAAAUCCAUCUUCGGAACUUGCGCACAAGGCUUUGUUCAAAAUUGUAAUUUCAGAUCAGAACGCAAACGCUAGUCUCAUUCACAGGUUAACAUCCUUUGAACAGUUUGAAACAACAUGGUAUGUUAAUGGAAGAAAGGCUUCCGAAGAAAGAUUCUUUGCAGAUGUGAAAUUCGGUCGCAAUCCACCACUGCUAAUAUCAAGAGUCCUUUCCGAGAAAGCGGAGCGAAAUUUGUACUCUGCUCAAGUUGAAGUGGUCGAGGAGACUUGGAACCAAGUAUGCCAUCAUUUUUUAUCCUCCAUUAUGUAAUGCUUUUGGCCAGGGGGUGGGAGUGGGGUAGGAAUUUUUUUGUUCUCCUUCAAGUAAAGUGUAACCAUCGUUAUGAAAACUAACCCUUAAAUUAUUUCAUGAUAAUGAUUUUACAAGUUCUUUUAGAUACCUAAAUGACAAAUUCCCCUACCCCUUCAUAUACCUGAAUUCUGACCUGAAUCCGUAAAAACUUACCCCUUUUUGGGCGAAGUCUCUCUAGUCCAGGCUACAUGUACGGCGUAUUAUAGAGGGUAUCUGCCUGGGUUUUAACGUUUCACUGUCUGGUUUAAAUCCAUUCAUCUCACUAUCUCAGUUUGUCGGGAAAGCGUAUGGCCACCCGCGUCUUAUCAAAGACGAAAACGGGAAUUAUUAAAAAGGAAAAUGUUUCUGUGUCCGUCUUGUCUGAGGUAUUAUGCUUAGAUGAAUUGUCAUGCCCACAAAUAUGGAAUAUGGAGAAAGAGAAAGGCGGGGAAAAACAGAAAGCAGGGCGACAGGCCAGCGAAGCUCAACCAGGGAAAGAGCUAGAGCGAGAGAGAAAAAGCAAAGGAAAUAUUUUUUGUUGGAGGAACAACAUGAAAUUUUGUAGCGGGGGUGAGAAAAUGAGAAAUGCUUGCUUCCACCAGGGUAAGAAUGAGCGACGUGAAAAACAAAAAAAAAAACAGUGAACAAGAACACGUACAACCUUUCCUCCGGCCAUAUAACGCGUAACCAGGAAGUUUCUGGAAGUUUCACGUUGUAGUCGUGCAAAACAACGGCAAAAAAAAGUAAAAAAACGUGUGGUGCACGUGCAAAUUGUUUCCUUGCAAAUAAGACCUAUUGCUGUUUUUUUCACCGUUCUCGUUUCCUAGAUUGAGCAAAAUAUAAAUGGUAUCGACGGCUUCGCUUCUAGCACUGGCUAAAUCUACAUAACAAAAGUUAUUACAAAUUCAUAGAUAAAAAUCUAUAUAAAAUAUAUUAAAAGCCCUAGGCUUGGGUGAAAACUGUUCUAUACAAUGCUUUAAAAUGAUAAUAAUACUUGUCUACUUAAUUUUUCCAAUCACAUUUGUAAUUUUUGCCCCGCUAAAAUCAGUGAGCCUCAUCAAUGAAUAAUACAUUUUUUUGUUUUAUUCCCCCAGGCGUCAUAGCCAAGUAUGAAUCGUAAUAUAUAGAAAUUGGUCUAUUUUAUCCAUCCUCGCCAUAUUUUGUUGUUGCUGUGUCAUUCAAACCUUUUCUCAAUAUAUUUAAACCUUCGCUCAACUUGGUGGCCAGUUCUUGAUGUUUGAAUUUGCCUAAAUUCCGUCACACAGCUUUUUAAAGUCUCUCUAAGUACUUCCCAUUAACAGUAAGAAGUGAGAGUUCUUAGUCUUGAACUGCUGUAGUCCAAGCAAAACUCAACCUGACACGGUAACGACGUUGCUAACUUAAUCCUAUUUUGUUUUAGAACUUGUACAGAACCGAACACCUCCUCAUAAAAGUCACUUACCAUCCUUAUUGGAGAUGCUCCUUCCGUUCAACACCUGAUGACUCACGUGACCAGUCACGUGGAUGGCACUCUCUUACGAUACACCACGUGACGCCAAACCUGAUGAGCGUAGUUCUGCCUCCCGGAAAGCAUGAGGUCAUUUGCGAGUAUAAAAAUCCUUUUUAUCAGAAAGUCGGUUUUGGGUUCUUUAUUGUGCUUGUUCUUGCCAUGAUUACAAGGGAACUGCGCACAUUUUUGAAAUCCGUAUAG